AAAAAAAAUGAAAAACCUCAAAUAUCAAAGAGAAAAAAAUAAUUAGGUAUUCUUAAAAAUGUCACAAAAUUACGUAGAAUAUAAUUUAUCGAAAAUAAAGGAUUACAAAGGAGGAUAUAUUGUUGAUAAAAAUCCCCUUAAUCAAGCUCAGGAAUCUAAAUUUAAUCAAGGUAUAAAACAAAAUAUUAUAUUCGAACCAGCUAUUAGUCUUGACCAAUCUGAGAAUAUUAAAUGCAAAGAAUGUGAAAGUGUUGAAUUAGACUUUCAAUUCUUAGAGAUUUUUAAUGCAAGAGUGUGUUAUAAAUGUAAAAAAGCUUUACCAGAUAAAUACUCUCUUUUAACAAAAACUGAAUGUAAAGAAGACUAUCUCCUUACAAAUUCUGAGCUUCAUGAUAAAGAAAUACUUCCCCAUAUGCGAAAAUCUAACCCUCGAAAACCAGAAUGGAGUACAAUGAUGCUUUUUCUACGUUACCAAGUUGAAGAGUUUGCAUGGAAAAAAUGGGGUGGACCUGAAAAAUUAGAUAGGGAAUGGCAACGGAGACUUAAAGAAAAAGAAUUGAAAAAAGAUAAAAAGCUACAAAAGAAAAUUCAAGAGUUCAAAAAACAUACUAGAACAACACACUAUAUUGAAAGGAUUAAAGGAAAACAAACAAAACAUAUACAUAAUUUUUCAUCACCUAUUAUAGAUUCUUCCACGGGAUUGACAAUAAAAAAAUGUUCUUGUGGAUUCGAAGCCGAAGAAAUAUUAAUGUAAUUUAUUAAAAUAUUUCAUCUAAAUUUUAUUACAUACA